ACAUGUAAACACUCGUGUUUUUAUGAGUAAAGUAUUAUCCUCUCAUUGAGCCUCUGGUAUGAUUUUAGUUCCCUGGUGGACGUCUUGGCGAGUUCGUUUUUCCGGUCUCUGUUUUGUGGGUUUCUUCUUUCUGUAUGCCCAAAGAGUCAACCUCAGCAUCGCUAUCGUCUGUAUGAUCAAGACAGAGCUCUCGGCACCGGAAAUCAAGUAUCACUCAAAUGCCACCAAUGUCUCUGUCUCCGGGACGCUUCCUCAGAACGUCACAGCAGGAUAUGAACAAGGUUUCUUAAAUCAGACCAGCGCUCCAGGGGGUUCAUCUAUUGUGACCAAAACAUGCCCAGAGCCGUCGGAUUCUCAGAACUUGGAGGGUGAGUUUACGUGGGACAAAUCUCUUCAAGGGGGAAUUCUUGGAGCUUUCUUCUGGGGAUAUACGGUGAUGCAGAUUCCCUCGGGUGUCCUCUCGGAACGCUUCGGUCCUCGCUAUAUGAUUUUUACAGGAAUGUUGAUUGUUUCUAUUUUGACCAUCUUGUCUCCAUUUCUUGCCCGUGGAAGUCCUUAUUUACUUAUAGGUACACGUGCACUCUUAGGAAUAGGAGAGGCAACGAUGUAUCCAGGAGCACAGGUUUUUUGGUCCAAAUGGUCGCCUCCGCAUGAAAGAAGUCGACUUGUAGCCUUUGCGUUUGGAGGCUCUCAGCUUGGAAAUGCACUGGCCUUUCCAAUAUCCAGUCUUCUCUGUGAAUAUGGCGGCUGGCCGUCAAUCUUCUUUUUCUUAGGAUCCUGCUCGUUGGUUUGGACACUGCUUUGGGGGUUCUUCGCCAGGAACAGCCCCGGGGAGAUGCCAAAUAUUACAGAUGUUGAAAAAAAGUAUAUCGAACAUUCACUUGGAAAAGAUAGACUUCCGGAGCAAGUUGAUCUACGGAAAAAGAGCAAGCCAUGGAAAUCUUUUUUGACGUCACUACCAGUUUGGGCUAUUCUUGUUGCCAACGCCGCUGGUAACUACAGUGCCUACAUGCUCUUGACUCAGAUGCCGACGUACUUAAAGGAAGUUCUCAAAUUCGGCAUUAAGUCUAAUGGUCUUUAUUCUAUGAUACCGUACCUGGCAUUCUGGCUGAUUAUUAUUCUGGCGGGAAUUUUUGCUGACACACUUAUUUCAAAUGAAAUACUCAGCAUCAAAUGGACAAGAAAGCUGUUUUGUGCAAUAGGGCACUUUGUACCCGCGGCUUUUCUGAUUGGUUUGGGUUACAUGACGUGUUUCCAACAAGAAGGCGCCAUUGCGCUCUUGUCGCUGUCUAUGGCCUUCUGUGGCUUUCAAUUUCCCUCCGUAUUUGUCAACCAUGGUGAUAUCGCUCCAAAUUAUGCAGGAACUAUUUUUGGAAUCACCAACACUGGAGCAAGUAUCCCAGGGAUCAUUGCGCCAUAUGUGGUGGCAUCUAUCACUGUCAACAAAACUCAAGAAGAAUGGCUUGUAGCGUUUUAUAUUGCCGCUGUAAUCUACUGUCUGGGGGCCAUUUUCUUUCUCAUCUUCUCUGAUGGAGAAAUUCAAGAAUGGGCCAAGGACGAAGAGGAAAUGGAGGAGGUGAUUGACUCAAUGGUCGACAAACUACCGGAAGUGGAGGAAACACCUGAAGAUGAUGACGUGUUUAAAAAUGAAAUGAAGUAGCGUUGUUUUCAUAUACAUGUUUUAAUAUAAUUUUUUUUUACUGUCCUUGGUUAAUCAAAACUUGAGGAGAAUUAUAUGUUUAGUCCUUACAUUUAGAUAGGUAUAAACAACUCUUUCUGUUCUGCUGAAUCACUCAGACAUUCUAAAUUGGUAUAAUGCACUACUCACUGUCUUAUGUUGAAUGAGAUAUUCUCAAUAGGUAUAACGCUCUGCUGAAUGAGACAUUCUCAAUAGGUAUAACGCUUUGCUGAAUGAGACAUUUUAAAUAGGUAUAACGGUCUACUGAAUGAGACAUUUUAAAUAGGUAUAACGCUCUGCUGAAUGAGGCAUUUUAAUUAAAUAGGUAUAACGCUCUGGUGAAUGAUACAUUCUAAAUAGGUAUAAUGCUCUGCUGAAUGAGACAUUUUAAAUAUGUAUAACGCUCUGCUGAAUGAGACAUUUUAAUUAGAUAGAUAUAACUCUGUAUUUAAUGAGACAUUCUAAAUAGGUAUAACGCUUUGCUGAAUGAGACAUUUUAAAUAGGUAUAACGCUCUGCUGAAUGAGACAUUUUAAUUAAAUAGGUAUAACGCUCUGCUGAAUGAUACAUUCUAAAUAGGUAUAAUGCUCUGCUGAAUGAGACAUUUUAAAUAGGUAUAACGCUCUGCUGAAUGAGACAUUUUAAUUAAAUAGAUAUAACUCUGUAUUGAAUGAGACAUUCUAAAUAGGUAUAACGCUUUGCUGAAUGAGACAUUUUAAAUAUGUAUAACGCUUUGCUGAAUGAGACAUUUUAAAUAGAUAUAACGCUCUGCUGAAUGAGACAUUUUAAUUAAAUAGGUAUAACUCUGUAUUGAAUGAGACAUUUUAAAUAGGUAUAACGCUCUGCUGAAUGAGACACUUUAAAUACAUGUAGGCAUGGUCUUCUACUCAGUUUUAAAUUGAAUCAGACAUUUUAAAUGUACAUGUAGGUAUAGCCCUCUACUCGCUGUUUUAAGUUGAAUGAUAUAUUUUAAAUAGGAAUAACGCUCUAUACUGAGUGAGACAUUUUAAAUGCAUGUAGGCAUAUAGCUCUCAUUGUCUUAUGCUGAAUCACACUCCGGCCUUUCGUAUACAUGUAUCAGUAGUCAAUAUUCCUUAGAAUUAAUGGAUGCAUAAAACGGAAGUACGUGACUGAGAGAGAAACGUCAAAAUUGUUGAUGAGUCUGUCGUGCAUUAAUGAAGCAAAAGAACAUUUUUACUGAUCCCCCAAAAAAUCUAAUAUCAGGUAUCGUCAUCAUCAGUAAUUUUCUGGGAGUUGAUGGGGAAAUUAGACUAGAGUAACCGUUAAAUAGGGAGAGUUGCGAAAAAGUCUCGAGAAAUCUCGCCAAGGAACUCUUCUGAUGUUUUGAUGACACCUCAAUGCAGCUUUAUUGUGAUGUAUCAAUAUUUGUCGUGACGUUGGGUGUUGCUUUCAUCUACUUAAGGCAAGAUUCACAACACAGAUUUCGUCGUUGUGUGGUUACAAGUAUUUCGCCGGGGGAUACCGUGUUCCAAACUGUUGACAUUUUGCGCCACGUGUUCUUGCACUCAGAUACGCAACGUUAUCAAUUAAAAUUUAAACACUGAAUCUCAAUUCAUAGAUAGAGUUGUGGAUGUGGAAUUUAGAACAAUUUGAUAUUUUCCCCUAGUAAACAAAAUUAAGAAAUACAGGGGAUAUAGUAGUAAACACAGCAAAUAAAAAGUCAUAUAAUUAUAGAUCUCGGAAGCACAGAUUAAGUCUGAAGGUCAUUCAGCCGCUGUCCUAAUGGCAGUAAUAGAGUGUGUGAAGGUCAUUAAAUUGCUGUCCUAAUGGCAGUAAUAGAGUGUGAAGGUCAUUGAAUUGCUGUCAUAAUGGCAGUAAUGGAGUGUGUGAAGGUCAUUAAAUCGCUGUCAUAAUGCCUGGCAGUAAUCGAGUGUCUGCAGGUCUUUAGGCCGCUGUCAUAAUGGUAGUAAUCGAGUGUGUGAAGGUCAUUAAAUCGCUGUCAUAAUGGCAGUAAUAGAGUGUGAAGGUCGUUGAAUUGCUGUCAUAAUGGCAGUAAUGGAGUGUGUGAAGGUCAUUAAAUCGCUGUCAUAAUGACAGUAAUAGAGUGUGAAGGUCAUUAAAUCGCUGUCAUAAUGACAGUAAUAGAGGGUGUGAAGGUCAUUAAAUCCCUGUCAUAAUGCCUGGCAGUAAUCGAGUGUCUGCAGGUCUUUAGGCCGCUGUCAUAAUGGUAGUAAUCGAGUGUAACGAGUUAUGGACAAUACAUAAAUAAAACUUCUACAAUUUACAGCCGAUUACAAUUACAAUUAAACGUAGACUUGAAACCAUGCACAAUAUUUCAUUGUAAUUUGCAGAUAUGCAUAUUGUCAGGACAGAUGGAUCCAAUUGUUAUCCUAAAAGUUAUAGUGGAUCUAAUAGGAGUGCAGGGAGUAAAAUAACACUGUACUUCUCCUAUAUGGCUUAUCGAUAAGCCUUGAAAUUUUGUACAAUACUUCAUUAUCAUAUAUUGAUGUUAACAUUGUUCUGACAAGAGAUUUAAUUUACAGUGGAUCAAAGAGGAGUGUGUAUAGCUUUUUCAUUGUACAAUGGUAUGUUCACUUUCUUAUGGUAGCUCCGCCCUCAUGGGACUUAUCAAAAUUAAUGGUUCAAAGUAGAAAAGUUGUAUUGAUUUCCACUUGAUAUAUGUUAAAGUCAAUAACCGAAGAGAAUAUAUAUGUUGCUAGAUUUUUAAAGAUGUCAGACAUACAAAAACAAAAGUUGAUAUCAACAUCAGAAAAUCGCACAUUUUCAUUAAAUAACAUAAUAAUGAUAAAUAAAAACUGGUUAAACUGACAAAAUUUCAAUUUCAAUAGUUUCAAAAAAAAAGACUGCUGCCUUAUACAUACAUGCAUAUAUAUAUAUAUAUAUAUAUAUAUAUAUAUAUAUAUAUGAAUUAAUUGUGGAUACCAAGGAAAUCAUUGCAUUAUAGACAUACAUUAGAGAAAUACCAGCAUAGGAGUUAUCGCCCUUGAUAACAUUUUUGUAAUAUAGAUAAUUGAUUAUUUAUAGAAAAUAUAAACUUUUUCAAUAUCAAAUUGUUUACCUUUUUUUUUAAUAUAACCCAGUGAAUAAAAUUACUCCUAAAGAUGUAUUUCUAUCAUGGACAAAUUUUAAUGAAAUAAAGAUUUUGCAAAAACCCAUGACGUCACACGAGGGUGGAAUUACUGUAAGGCAUUGGUCUCAUCGUUGUUGAAUCUUCCCUCCAUCUUUUCCCUCAAUGCACAAAGUACAGUUUAUAAUGGCUAUGUUCUAGUUCAUGCUCUCUCCUCCAUACCAUGCAGUAAAUCAAGCGGAUGGGGUCGUAAUUUAGAGCACUCUCAAUUUGGAAAGCUAGGGACACAUUUAUUUUUAACUAAAACAAAUCACAAUUUUUCUAGAUUUCAUUUCUCUUGGCACUAGUGAUUCUUUUCACAAACUAAUACUCAGAUGACAGGGGACCUCUUCUGUAGUUUCGCACUUGCUACAUGGAGUGUGAAAGAAGAGGUAAUGAUUAAUUUUAGGGACAAAAUUCUGUAGGUCAAGGUCAUUCUACGAAAUAAGAUACUGCAUAAUAUUAUACAUUUUACAUGUUGUUGACAUCAUAUAAACUGCAUUAUUCCAUUCUGCUUGAGAUAUUGAAUACUGGUUCAAAAGAUUAUUCAUGGCAAGGAGGCGUCCAUCUUUGCGUAGCCAAAGUUCUUAUAGAAGUCCUGGCUCUUCAUAACUCAUGGGAACCGAAGAUUCAUGUAAGCUGUUAUGAUCAAAAGUUCUUCGUCGUCAUUUUCAAUAUCUCUCGAACCAUUGAGCUGUUUUCAAUGAAACUUGCAACAAAGCAUUCUCAGGUAGUGAAAUUCAAUCUUCCUUCCAAGUUUCUUUAAAUCAUCAUCCCCAAGGCCAGGAUGGGACCACAACAACAGUAAUUCAAAGUCAUAUAUAUAAUCGUAUAUAUAAUUCUUUAAAAUUCGUACCGAUAAGAACAUAGGUUCAAUUUAACAAAUUAACAGCCAAAUGGCCCACAUAAUCACGUAGAUUAAAGUUUGUUCUCAUCUUGACCUCCAGGGUCAGGACGAGGUCACAUUGGAGAAUAUAUGUUAUAUUUUUAAUUGUAAAUGUCAUCCUGUAGUUUACGUUCAAGUUUGUGCACAUCAUGAACCCCUGCUGCAUCAGAACAGAAAUUCAAAGUUUAAUAUACCAUGUAUGUGGAUUUAGAAUUGUUCUCCUAAGGGGGGGGUGUCACAAUAACGCUUUUGAGUUUACAAUGGAGUAUUUACAGUAAUCUAACAUUUGAUACAAUUCAUGAAAAUGACAAUCAAACACUCUUACCCAUGUAGAGUCAAUCGUAAUUACUCAGCUAUUUCCGUAACCGCAAAUAAACCGGUUACGGAAAAGGACAAGCGCGUGAUUCGAUUGAUGUUGAGUAUAUGGUGGCCCGCUAUUAGGACUUGGCUUCUCAAUUGUUCAGUCAUCACUAGUGUUCCAAUAAGAGAUGACUCGGGUGAGCGUUGUGACCCACGAGCCUCUUGUGUUAUGCUGUGUUCAGUAAAAUAUUUUUGUUAAUUCCAUUAACACUAUUUUUUUUAGUGUGUUGUAUUGUAUGAUUUUGGUAUCAAACUUUUGUGCCGAAAGUUGUUAAUAAAAUUAUACUUUAUAAUAAGUUGUCUUCCUUCGUUU